AUGCCGGCCGCCCGCACGCGCCUGGCACUUCUGAGCCACCUUUGCAUGGUUAUCGGCGCCGUGGCGGAGUGCAUGCCCCCCGCCAAGGUCCAGGCCACCCUCGGCUCAACUUGCAGCUAUGCAGAGUGCAGCAUGCCCACCGCCAUCGACUGCGAGUACAUCUGCACUGACAUUUGCUGUGCAGCACGCCUAGGUGGUAUUGGAUGCGCCACAACGCGCUCAGGCCCAGUCAUGGAGGUUGUGGAGAUCGUGGAGGUCGGCAGGACGUGCACCACCGACGCCGACUGCGCAAAGGGCGAGGCGUGCUGUCCGGGCCCAUCUCCAGAAGCGGGUGGGCAAUGCGGGCCCGUCUGCGCCCUCGCGGCGCCAACGCUGACCUCCAGCUUGCAGUCAGCAUCCACACACGCCAUACUCGGUGGCGAUACGGUCGAGCCACCCUUCUCCAUGCCCUACGUUCUCUCUCUGUACAAGUGCAGCCUUUUCUAUUGCGAAUUACGUUGCGGCGCAUCGCUCAUAGCCUCUCGAUGGGCACUCACAGCCGCGCACUGCACGGUCGACCCGGACGCGGCGGAUGUGGCAUUCGGGGUCUCAAUGCACAGGCACCGCCUGGGUGAUACGUACGAGCAUGACUGCGCCGAAACCAUGCGCGUACGGCCGAUAUGCCAUCCCGGGUUUUCAAUCGACACCAUGGCGAAUGAUGUCUGCCUGCUUUGGCUAGACAGGGAGCCGAAAUGCUUUCGACAGAUGCAGCACAUGGUGCUCGAUGAUGGGUCGCACGCGACUGUGGGCAUUGAGGCCACCGUCGCCGGCUGGGGCGCGACCUCUUUUGAUGGAGAGGGAGACCCUUGUGCCACAUUCCUGCAGGUGGCGACGGUGACCGUCGUGGGAAACAGUAUGUGUGCCGCACAGCUGUACGGCAGAGCCGAGUCGCAGGUCCUCGCGUCGAUGAUGUGCGCCAGUGGCGGAAGCAAGGACGCCUGCAUGGGCGACUCGGGCGGCGCUCUCUUCCUCCCCUCGGGCGAGGGCCGACCGCUGCCCGUGGCGAUUGGGAUCGUCUCUUGGGGCGUCGGCUGUGGGCUCCCCGAUACACCAGGCGUCUACACAAGAGUCUCGGCGUACACAGACUGGCUGCAGGCGCACUAG